AUGUCUGAUUUAGAUAGUGAUGUACCAUUAUCUCAAAAACUAAGUGUUUCAAAAAGGCGAAAGAGCAUUGACAAAAGUAAGAACUUUGAAUCAGACUAUAGUGAAGAUAUUUCAUUAAGAGGGAGAAACACUUUAAAUAAGAAUAAGAAGCAGAGAAAAGCAAAAGAUAAAAAGGUAAUAAAGAAAGCAACUAAAGGAGUAGUAGCUAAAAAGAAAGUAGCAUCUAAAACAAGCAAGAGAACUAAAGUAGUUAGAAAACCAACUAAGAAGAAUGUAAAAAGCAAGACUAAUGAGUCUGAUAUUGACUUUAGUGAAAAUAUAUCUGGCGAUAUGCAUAAACUUUUCAAACCUGGACAGAAGUAUAUUACACCACCUAAUGGAGAUGGUACAAGAGCUUUUUAUGAAUCAUUAUACUCUGAAAAUCCAUAUAGUCUUAUUGCUCUUCGUUAUUGUGUUGAAUAUGGAAUCUUAAUGGGUUCCAACCAUACAAUGGCUCUACAGCGUCUAGAACACUUACGUGAGAAGGGCUUUUUAAAAAGAUCAGGAGGUGGUAUUCAAAGUGAUGCAAUACAAUCCUUACAAUUUUAUGACAAAGGUCUACAUGUGAAAAAAUGA